AUGGAUUCCGUCGUGGGGGACGAUGUGACGCUCCCCGUUGACAUCAACGGAAGCUGCAGACUGCCAGACUCCAUAGAUGCUGGAGAAUAUUCUACAGACAGCAUGACAGCUCCAACCUUCCCUGACAAGAUGUCCCCUAUCAAAGCUCUCACCAUGAAGGACUAUGAGAAUCAAAUCACAGCUCUGAAGAAAGAGAAUUUCAACCUGAAGCUGCGCAUUUACUUCAUGGAGGAGCGCAUCCAGCAGAAAUGUGACGACUCCACUGAGGACAUAUUCAAAACGAAUAUUGAGCUGAAAGUGGAGUUGGAGUCUAUGAAGAGGGAACUGGCAGAGAAACAGGAGCUACUUGUGUCUGCAUCGAAAGCAUUGGAGAGUCUGGCUGGUCGUGAAUCAGGAGAACCCCAGCGUGUGAGAGAUCAAGCUCAGAGAGAGAUGGAUGCACUUAGAGACGCAUUUAACAAGAGGAUAGCUGACCUGGAACAGUCUUUGCGAACAGCAGAGGAAGAGGUCGUGAAGAUGGCAGCCAUUGCUGAGCAGGAAAAGCGUAAGAACAUUAACAUGGAGAAACAGCUCCAAGCCAUGGGUCCACCAAGCACCUUCACCCCUGUCCCAGUCCCCAGCCCAGUCCAGGACCUGCAGCAGGCCCUGCAGGAGAAAGACAAUAUUAUAGAGCAGCUCAAGAUCACGUUAAAGAACCAGGAAGCUUUGAUCCAUCAGAAUAAAAGUGCAGACCAACAGACUGAUGCGCCAUCAGCUGACUGUGUUAAACAGCUGUCUAAUCUCAUUGCCGAGAAAGAUCAGGAACUUGAGGCACUGAGGGACGAGCUACAUAGCGAGAAGGACAAAAGGCAACCCGACCAUCAGAGGAGUGAGGUUAGCCGACUGGAGUCCGUCAAUAAGCACCUGACUGAAGAGCUCACACAGGCAAAAAGCACCAAUGAGAACCUGACAAAAACAUUGGAGGAUACCCAGACUCAGAACAAGACCUUGUCGGGGGAGUUGGAGGAGAAGGAGAAUGAACUCAACUUGGAGAAGAAAAAUGCUCUGAAGCGAGACAAAACAAUCCAGGGGCUGAGUCAGGUCCUCAGAGAAAAGGAAAAAGAGAUUGCAGAACUGUGUCAUGAGAUUGAGGACAGGGAUGAUGCUUUGGCCAAGGCUAGAGAGGCGGCACAUAAAGCCCAACUGCAGAAAUACCAGGGAGUAGAGGAACACCAAAACCUAUUAAUGGAAAAGCAAACAGAGUUGGCCCAACUCCAGGGGGAACACCAUGCCAAGGUGCUUGAAGCCCAAAAGUUACAGCGAGCACUGGACAGGAAGGAGCAAGAGCUGGCUGACUUGCAGCAAACAAAGGAACAGCUAGAGGUGGAACUGGAGGACUUACAACAGCAGAAGAAGAAAGGAGACAAGGCCCUGAAUGAUCUCAACAAUCAGCUGAAGAAGCUAAGUGGUGAGAUUGGGGAGAGGGAGAGCGCUCUGGAGCAGCAGUACCAGGAGCUGCUGGAUCAAACCAAAAGGAAACUGCAGGCACAUGAGGUCACCAUCCAACGGCUCACAUCCACCCUGGCUGAUAAAGAGCAGCAGCUACAGGAGUACAUAAACAUGGUCAGAGACUUUGAGCAAAGCAAAAGCCCUGGAGGAAAUGAUAAUGUGCUUUCCAAGCUGCGGCAAAGACUGAAGGAAAAGGAGAAAGCCCUGGAGCAAGCACUGGAUGAGAAGUUUGCUGCCAUUGAGGAGAAAGACAAUGAGAUUCACCAGCUGCAGCUGUCUCUAAGGGAGAAAGAAAGAGACCUGGAUAGGCUAAAUAAUUUACUCUCUCACAACGAGGAAACCAUCAAUAGUUUUGACAGUCUGAUCAAGGAGAAGGAUGUGGAGCUGCAGCAUCUUGCAAACACGCUAAAAAACCUGCAGAGAGCCAAGCAAGAUGUAGAAGAUAACCUGAACAGAUCACUGAGGGAGAAGGACUCCAUCAUCAGCCAGCUACAGCUUUCUCUGGAGGGCAAGACAAAGGACAUGGAUGAAAUGGCCGAAUCAAUGCUGAGCCAGUCACAGACUCAUGCACGUGACCUUGCUGAACAGAUGGGCCAGAGGUUAAAGGUCACAGAGGCUAUGUUGGCUGAGGCUAUGAAGGCCAGGGAAAGGCUGGUUGCUGACAAUGAGAGCGCCGUGGAGGGACUACUGGCUACAAUAAGCAGCAAGGACCAACUUCUCAAGGACUCUGCUGAGCACUACAACCGCAUGUUGGCAGAGCGUACUCAAGAGAUUCAGGAACUGAAGAAGCAGCUGUCUGACAGGCAGCAGCAGCUUGCCACUGCUGAGAAGCAAAGCUCCAUAUCAGCCCAGGAGGGUUGUUUAGAGACUGCAGAUCUCAGAGCCCUGCUUGCUGAAAAAGACAGCCUCAUCAACAAGCUUCUGCAGCGUGGUCAGGAGAGGGACCAGUUCCUGGCAGAGAUGAGGCAAAAGGAGGAGCCAGAUCAUGUGUUGGAGCUCAGACAAACUAUCAAAGUCAUGCAGGAGAAGUUGGACGAGACGGAAGUUGAGCUCUCCAGGAGGAAUAGUGAGGAUAAUGUGGAGAACAUUCCACUCUCCAAGAAGACAGUCGUCAUCCUGAAGAAGGAGCUAGCACAGAAAACUGAGGCACUUAACAAAGCCCUGAAGAGGGAGAAUGAACUGAAGAUUUCGCUGGCAGAGCUACAGUCAUUGCUAUCUGAGCUGGAGGGUCGCAAUGAAGGUCAGGCUGCUAAUAUUGAGUCACUGACUGCGACUCUGAAGACCAAGGAUGAGAUUAUCAAUGUUCUUCACCAGCGGCUCAGUCAGAGAGGGGACAGUCGGCCUGAUCAUACCCAGGAUCAGGUCAUUGGCUCUGACAUGGAAAGAUCUUUCCCUGGGCUCCCACAAAGAGAGAGAACUAUGAUUGGUGGAGACAGCCAGCAAGAAGCUUUGCCCAACCUUAUAGCCUUGCAACAGGAGCAUGAUGCUCUGAACAAAGCCCUGAGAGCUGAACAACAGCUCUACUCCAGCCUGGUCAGGACUGUGAAGGAGCAGGACAGUGCUCAGCGUCUCCAUGCUCUGCAGCUUGAGCUGACAGCAGUGCAGCUUCUUAGGCAGCAGCUAGAGGAGAGCAUCAAAACUAAUGAGGAGCUGAGGGACGACCUGGAGAGAGAGAUACAAAGAGCCAGACUGAGAGAAGGUAUGGACCACAUUGACCCUAAAGAACUUGAGACCAUGAGACAUCAGCUCGAAGAUGCGCAGCGCUGGAAUGCCUCACUGCAGGCUCGCUUAGGAGCCAUCCAGAACCGUGGAGGAGGGGUUGGUGGGGCCAAUGAUGGCGGUGACACUUUGAGUUUCAUUGGCGAUCAGACUUCCUACAUGAGUAUAUGUGUGGGAGAGGGGCAGGAUGACAGCUUGACUCUACUCUCUCCACAAGAGCUCAAACAGAAGGUGCUGGACCUGCAGGACUGUGUAAGCAGACUGCAGACUUUGAACAACGAGUUGCAGAGCCGACUGUCACUAUUGGAGAAGUCAGAGCAUGACACCUACAACAAAGAAGACAAAGACAUGGCCAGCAGUAGCCCCUGGAAACAGCAGCUAGAGAAGAUGCCGGAGACACAGCAUUUGGCUCACAGUGACAGGACGCAUCAGCCUGGUAGGGAUAAAGAGAGCCAGACAGACCUCAAACCAGGACAGAUGGUGUCUGGAAAGCUGUUGGGUGAUGAGAGUAUGGACAGUGGUCUUGGCCAGAGUAGAGAGCAUGCUCAGUCUGGCAACAACACUUUGGAUGCUGGAGAGAGAGAUUCUAGGGAGAAGAACAGAGAUAUAAUGGCACUUAAAUCCCUGCUGACUGAUUGUGGGGCUACAUCAGUCUUGCACCUUAGAGAGAAGCUGCUGAGACUUAAUGCAGAAAAUGUGGAGCUGCGGGGUCUCCUGAAAGAACAAAAAUCUACCGAGUGUAAAGAGAAAGAGAGCACGGAUGCCUCAGGGAACAGCAGUGAUGGACAGGCUGAAUUGAGGCAGAGUAUGGAAACACUCCAAGUCAAGAUGUCGAAGGAAAAGGGAGAGAAGAACUCUAACGAGGUGUCGGAUGAGGAGACCCCUGUCACAACAGACGUAAUUGUCAGCACUGCAGAGGGGAUGGAGAGUCCACAAACUAAAGGCCAGUCACACAGGAAGAGCGGACGAGAGGAUGUUGCAAAACAUGGGGCUUGUGUCAAAUCUCGCCUUCCUGUUCCUGUGAGACUGAGAGUGGAAGCCAGCAGCAGCAGCAGCAGCAACAGGCAGUCUGUUAGAAUUGACGCACUUCAGCACCUUCAUUUGGAUGAUGUCUAUGGGUCUGACCAGAAAUUGCAUGAAGAAUCUGACUCCCCAGUAUCAGUCCAACAAAGCACUUCCCCUUCUUCCACAAUCAGAUAUUCACACCGUAGUGGCAGUCCAGUCGGGCCGGACAAGGACUCGGAAGCCGGACACAGGCUGGAUAACACUCAGGCUGACUCUGCUCUCUUCACUCAGCUGGAGCUCCUCCACCAGGAGUGCCAGGAGAAAGAGGCCCUGAUAAACAAGCUCAGUGAGCAACUUGCUGUUUGGGAAGAGCUCCACACUCAGCUUCAGGAAAAGGAACAACUUAAUCGCCAGUAUGUAGAGGCCUUACAGGCUGCAGAAUCCACCAUUGCUUACCUGACAGCCUGCAGCCUGGACAGCCAGGGAGGUUUUGGGUCACACACCAGUCCGGGCCCAGGUUCUGCAGGUUCAGAUGCAGCACUCCACAUCAGAUGCAUGGAGCUGCAGAAAGCCCUACAGGACAAGGAGGAGCUCAACAACCAGCUUAUAGAGCUUCUGAACAUGGCAGAGAAAGCCAUCACCUCCUCUGACAGCCAAGAAAAGAACCCAGAAAUCAGUGAUGUUUGCUCAAAGAUAAAGGGCACCUUACAGCAGGUGAAUGCAUUUUCAAACAGAGAAAGCCCAAGAGAUGUUUUUGGACACACUGACGAUGGUAUGCAGGAGUUACAACGACACGCAGACUCUUUGCAGGAUGCACUUUGGGAGCAGAACAGGCUCAAUGCAGAGCUGCAGGAAAAACUGAGAACUGCAGAUGCUACUGCACAGCAGGGCUACAACAGUAACAGUGCUGGCCAGGAUGGUAAUUGUUCAAGACAGAUAGUAGCAGGAAAGGAGUCGGAUGAACACCAUGGAGCAAUGGGAAGUUCUGAUAAUAUUAGUUUAAAUCAGGAGAUGACCAAAGUUCUAAUGAACUGCCUUAGUGCAACAGAGUCUGCCAUCGCCUCUCUAGCAGAACACUGUACAAAUCCUGGCUCCUUCACUUCUGCUAGAUCAUCAGAGAUCAGCACUAACCUGCAGACAAAUUUAGACAAACUUGCAAGAGCCCUGCAAGAAAGGAAAGAACCGGAGGAACCCACCCAACCAGCAGCCAAAUCCAGCAGCAGUCUGUCUACUGCUUCAGCUGAAACAAAGGGACAUCAAAAUCUCCAUCUCCAUCAAAAUCUCUCUCUCCUCUACAAGGUCUUCAAUGAUCUCUCCCACAGGAUUUCAGAGUUGCAGGCUUCCCUACAAGAAGAGAGGGGCCGUAAAGAGCAGAGCGAGGCCCACAGGACAGUGCAGGAUGGCAAGGGACUACCACCAAGUGUUCAAAUCCAACUGGAGGCCCUCCAUAAGGCACUGAGGGAGAAGAAGAAGGCAUGUAAAAACCUGGAGGAGAAACUGGCCACUGCUCUUACCGAGACUUCCCCUGAAACCGCACGGAGAGCUCUGGAGCAGGAUGACAAAGGUGUGCAGGUGGAUUUGCAGGACCUGGGUUACGAAACCAGUGGCAAGAGUGAGAACGAUAGGGAAGAGAGCAGUAGCACAGAUCUAGAGGUUGGUGUGAACCCUAGUUGCAGUGCUUCUAGCCUGCCUUCCCUGCUGAAACAUGAACAGGCCACCUUCUCCUCUACUGAAAACCUGGACUCGACCUCCAGCACCCCGUACCCCAGUUCCCCAGCUCUCAGCUCUGCCAAGGUCAGUCUGAAAAGCCUGCAGGUCUAUGAUGAGUAUGGUGUUUCUGAGGACCCACUCCAGCUUCAGGCACAAGUCAGAGAACUGAAAGUCCAGCUGGAAAACCAGACCAAACUCAUCCUCCAAAUGCAAAAUCUUCUGCAUAGGAACUCCCUCUCCAGUGACCUUGUUGCCAACAUCUCUGAACCGUCCAUCAUCAUCAGGGAUCCAGAAGGGAAACAGAAGGAGGACCAUAGUCAAGAUAGAAGCUACAGAACUGGGCAGCUAAGGGAGAAAAGGGAGGGAGAGAACCAGGCGAUGAAGGAUAAAACCAGCCGUCUUAACAUGGAACUGGAAAGAGAGAGGAUCCUGAACAGAAGCACGAGUGAACAGCUGCCACAGACCCGCAGCCGCUCUACAUCACCUGCCAGACUGGACUCCCUGGUACAGUCACAGGCCAGGGAGCUGUCACAACUGAGGCAGCAGAUCAAGGAGAGCCGCAGGCUGGGAGCCCUGCAGCGUCGGCAGCUGGAGGAGCUGAGCAAGGCCUUCAAGGAGCUGCUGCAGGCCAGCGAAGUCGACUACUACAUGGGGGAGGUGGUAAAGCAGCAGCUGGACAAGAGCCUGAGUCUUCUGGACAGGCUGGAGGGACGGCUAGACAAAGGAGAGUCUCAUCUGAAUAAUGAAGAUGUGGCAGCUCUAGAACUGUCUCGCAGGUUGGCUAAAGAGCUGCAGGAGAAGAAUCGUCUCAUCCAGAGCCUGCAGAGCCAAUUCACAGGCCACAGUCCCAGCAGCCACCACAGCUCUCACUCUGAGCUGUACCACUCAGACAGGACGUCUUCCUCCUGCCAUAGCACACAAGGUGGCACUCGAGCUCACAGCCAGCGACACUCCUCUGAUUGGACAGGAGCAGCUGUCCCUUCUGUAGGCGGAGCUCAGGAGGAAGGUGUGCCUGGUCACAGGGACGCUGCCAGCAGACUGCAGGGCCUGAAGAGGGAGAACGGGCGACUGCAGGAGCAGCUGAGAAGCAGCGAGGAGUUCAACGCCACCCUGCGCAGUGAACUGGACCUGCAUUGCUCAAUUAUGGCCCAGAGCAGCUCCCACCAUCAGGAACAGGAUCAAGAUCACGACAAGGAGGGGUCAGGGCCUCAGAUGGAAACACAUAAAGCGGACAGAGACAUCACAGCAGAGAAGGCUUCUGAGCAGCCUCGCACGAUGAAUUCAGACCUGUUGGCAGAACAUUUACAGGAGAUCCGAGCUUUGCGACAGCGCCUGGAGGAGAGCAUCCACACCAAUGACCGUCUCAGGGAACAGUUGGAGAAGAAACUAGCUGAGGUGGAGAAAGACCCAGCAGCAACCAACAUCUUUAUCCAUGGAAAUGAGGAGCAGGGUCAGCUGGCUAAUGAGCUGCGAUUUCUCUGGGGACAAAAUCAAGCCCUGAAGGAACAGCUUAACAAUGGGUCUAGAGACAAGCAGAAGGAGAACGAGAAGCUACGGGAGACUCUGGCCAGACGGACUGCCAAACUGGAGCAGAGCAGGAAAGAGUCUGAAGCUCUGAGGCAGGAAAAUAGCCGACUUCAGGAGAGGCUGGAGCACAGCAGCCAAGAAAACUCAAAGCUGCAGGAUACACUGCACUACAGCAAAGAGGAGCUGCACAGGUUGCAGUGCGAGGUGAAGCUCCAGAGGCAGCAGCUGUCCGACACUCAGCACCUCCUUCAGUCACUGCGAGUGGAGCUGCAAGUUCAUGAAAAGAUCAAGACUGAAGCUCAGAAGCACAACGAAUCCAGUGAGACGACCCAGGAACCAGUUCCCGUCCCUUAUUCCGGCUCAUUGGACCUGGGUGAGCUGCUGUCGGAGAUCAGACACCUGAGGCUGCAGCUGGAGCGGAGCAUCCAGACCAACACGGCUCUGCGGCAGCGACUGGAGGAGCAGCUGCUCAGAGGACCCAACCGCUCUGAAACCAUUAACAUCAACUACCUGCUGUCCUCUCCAGAUGAAGGGGGCAGGUCACCGGGUCGUGAAGGCUGUGAUCUCCGUCACUCAUUUCAGUCUCACAAUGAACACAUCAGUGUUCUCCAUGAUGAGAAACAUCGUGCCCAUUCAGAGGUGGACGGUGGCUCCUUCAGCAGCAGCUCUGGUGACAGCAUCUCUGGUGCUCCUUCUCGCCUGGUGCCGGGCCACAGGAUGUGGGCCAAUCGUAACGGCCGCCAUAUUUUGGGCCUGAUUGAGGACUACAACGCCCUGCGCAAACAGAUCUCAGAGGGUCGCAAACUGUCACGCAGCAUGGACACACAACUGCAGGAUUGUCUGUACGCACUCAGGCAGCAGGGCUUUAACGACAAGGUGAUAGAACAGCAGCAUCUGAAGAGUUUGUGCAGCAGUGUGAACACCAUGCAGCAGGUGUUAGAAGAGGCUGGUCGACUGCUCAAACUGGUGUGGAGAGUCUCUCUGCCAGCUGGUAACACAGCAGGGGACAGUGGCAACAACCAGCAGGAUGAGCUGCUGAAAAAUGAGAUAGCCAGACUGAAGAGCAGGCUGUCGCAGCAGGAGAGGAUGCUGACUGGAGCCGUUAAACGCCUCCGCACCACCAACCAGCUCAAAGAGGGAAUGGAGAGGGUCAUCAUUGAUCAGCUGUCUCUAACCCAUGGAGUGUUAAAGAAAGCCAGGGGGAACUUAGAGAUAAAUUACUGUACCCUCUUUGGCCUGAAAGGCCUGUCUGGAGGACCAGACGAAGGAGGUUCCAGUCAAUGGCCAGUAGAGGACACUACAGACCCUCAGCCUGAAGAGAUGAGCCUGCCUGUUUCCAGACGGACUGCAAGCAGACACUCUGAAUCCUCAGAGGAUCACAACAGUGAUGCCUCUUUGCACUGCAGCUUCUAAAUCUGCUGGUAUGAUGCCCUACACUGCUUCUGAUAAUGUAGCUACCUAAUGUCCAUCAUGCCUUAUCCUGCUGUAAAACUGUCACCUUACUCUCCUGAUAUCAAAGCCUUUUUGUACUAUACUUGCACAAAACUUGCCUAUAACUUGAUUUAUUUUAGGUACUGAAGUUGUAAAAGUUUCUUUCUUUCAAAAGAAAAUGCAUUUGUAAAUAGUAUUUCCUGCAAUUUAAAUAUUUUUCCUUUAUUCUUUUUAUAUGACGAUAUAAGAACAUGAAAAAUGUAUUUUAUUACUGACUUACCAUUUUUACCUUUUGUUGUCACCUGU